ACAAUGCAGCACUCGAGGUCCAUGACUCGAGACGCAGGGCGUCCUUGGCUCUGGGUCUGCUGCAGAGGUCCAAGGCCCUAGGCCUAUUGCAGAGUAUACAGGGACACUAUUGCAGAGGUCGGUCGAGCGCCAUCACGUGUUCGGUUAUCACCUGUGUUGCCUGCUGCAUGACGGAAAAGAUGGAAUAAGGAACGAAGUUUUCGAUUUAAUAAGGUUGCUGAGAAAUUAAUCUCUCAAUCGACUGUGGGAAAAGAGUAGAACUGAUGUUAUCAGCUUUCAUCCAGUCAUCGUUCCAAUGAUUUUUUUAUCUGUUGGAAGCAGAAGUUUGGCCAGAUACACCCUCCAUCACUAUCCUGUUAUACCAAAUAUCAUCUAUACAACAGCCAAACAGAAAUCUGGAGAGGUUUUCCAACCCAUAAAGCUAUUCCAUAGUCCUAGAGUAAGGCUAUGCCCUGUAAUCAGCAUGUCUGGAGAGGGAGAUAAAGAAGAGCCUGCGAUUGUAGAGGAAGGGAAAGCUCGGAUUGUUUUCCCGAACCCUAACGAGGUGUUUUACAAUCCCGCACAAGUCAUCAAUCGGGAUCUGAGUCUUGCUGUCACUGGAUUGUUUGUAGAGGAUUUCUUGCAGGGAAAAGGGCUGAAAGUUUCCUAUGACUAUCAAGAUGAAAUCAAAGAAACUGAUGACAGCCAAGAAAACACUGUAUUGGAGAGUACUGUUUGUUAUCCUGGUAAAAAAUGUGAGGAAGGGAUCACAUUCUUAGAAGCUCUAUCAGCUUCUGGUCUAAGGUCUGUCAGAAUCGCUAAAGAAGUUCCUGGGAUCAAGAGAGUGGUAGCCAAUGAUUUCUCAGAAGAUGCUGUCAGGGAUAUAGAAAGGAAUAUUCAGUUCAACAAUGUUGAAGAUCUGGUAGAAGCCAGUCACUCAGAUGCAUCGAUUCUCAUGUACAAACAUCGGUUCAAGGAUUCCUUCAACGUGGUUGACCUUGAUCCAUAUGGCAGUGCUGCUCAGUUCUUAGAUUCCGGUGUCCAAGCUGUACGUAAUGGUGGUCUACUGUGUGUUACCUGUACUGAUAUGGCUGUGCUGUGUGGUAAUCAUGGCCAUGCGUGCUUCGCCAAGUAUGGAGCUAUGGCUUUGAAGACUAAAUACUGCAAUGAGAUGGCCCUGAGAAUCCUUCUACAGUGCAUUGAAACACAAGCCAAUCGCUACAAUCGUUACAUUGUUCCAGUUCUUUCAGUCGCUGUGGAUUUUUAUGUGAGAGUCUUUGUUAGGGUUCAUAUCAGCCAAUCUAAAGUCAAGUACUCACCAAGCAAGAAAGCCCUGGUUUAUCAUUGUAGUGGAUGUGGUACCUUCAACCUUCAGAGAUUAGGCAAAGUCACCUACAAAAACAAGAACCCUAAUCCAUUCUUCCAGCCAGCUACUGGUCCACCUGUAGAUAGAGCAUGUGAACAUUGCGGUUCCAUAUUUCAUGUAGGCGGACCAAUAUGGGUUGACCCCAUACACAAUGUAGACUUUGUGAAGCGUCUCAUAACACAUAUCGACACGCAUCCUCAUAGAUUCAAAUACAAAGACAGAAUGAAAGGCAUGAUGACUGUAGUCAGUGAGGAACUGUCAGACUGCCCUCUAUAUUACAUAACAAGCCAUCUUUGUAAUGUACUGCACUGCGAAUGUCCUUCUCAAGAGAAGAUUAGAUCAGCCAUCUUGAAUGCCGGGUAUCGAGUCUCUAUCUCGCAUGCAUCAGCCGAGGCUCUGAAGACAGACGCGCCGGCAUCUGUUCUUUGGGAUAUAUUCAGAGCAUGGGUCAAAGAUCACCCUGUGAGUGAGAAGCGCCUUGCAGCCAGCAGUCCAGCUUCAUCCAUCCUCAGCAAAGAACCAAGCAUCACAGUGAACUUUGACCCUCAUCCGGAUGCUAUCCCCAAGUCAAGGCAGCUGGUUAGGUUUCCAGAGAACCCGCAGGCCAACUGGGGACCAAAGGCUAGAGCUAAGAUGAUGGCAGGAGAUGAAACGUUAGAGGAGAAGAGAAAAAGACUUCAAGGAAAACGAUCGAAAAGGAAACGAGACGAGUCUUCAGAUGAUGGGGAGAAACAGUCAAAGAUGGCUACUCCAGAACAAGGGGAUUGUAACCAGCCAGAAAUGAGAUGACAUCUGUUGAUGUACUUCAUUGGCUUUUAACAUUCAGAGUACUUUCCACCAAGAAUAUCUAAACAGAUUCUCACCAUUACGUCUUAACCAAACAUUGUACAAGAGACAUAGGGUCGAAAAUGCUGUUUACGCUGAGAGGAUAGCAAGACUCACUACCUUGUUCAGAGGGGGCGAUCUUUCCAUUCCAGGACUCCAGGGGGUGUUUCACAAAGAUUUAAGUAUAAGUCGAACUUGAAUGUCUAGUUCCGCACUGUAUAAAAGGCAUGACAGUAUUGGUCAGAUCAUGCCAAGAGGACACGUACUACUGCGUAUUGAUCAAUAAGAUUGCGCGUUACAUAUCGGAUACACGUCGGCAUUUAAGGACGUUCCACAGUUAAAGUGAAAUCCAUGUCAUUUUCACCAAACUUUGCACAUAGAUACUUUAGAACCUUAAUAUUCGAAAUAUGCAAAAAGAAACAUAGGUCCAUGUGCUUGAUUUUUUGCUAUAGAGCUUCAAAGUUCACCCAAAUUGAUGUUCUUAAGAAUUGCGCAUUCAAAAGAAUUUGGCAUUUUUAGACCGCCCAAGAUUACUACAAUGAGUUUAAACCUCCAUUACUCAGUCAAAAUACAUGAAAAAGUCAUCAAAUUUCGCAAGAGAGUUAAUAAUUGUAUCGUUAGAAUGGAGAAUCUAUUAAUAGUGCUAUUUGUUUGCAAUUUUAAGUUUAACAGCACUGUCAGUUAUUAAAAAUGGCGUAAAAGAUAACAAAAUCCCAAUCUAAAAAAUGUAAAAUUUCAGUAACAAACUACAAACGUACAAUAAAUGCUGCACUUUAUUCAAAAUCCAUGUCAUUUUCACCAAAUUUUGCAGAGUUGUAGAGGAAGGUAUACCUAAGAGGUACAAACAUUAAAAAAUAGGGGUUCAUGUGCUUGUUUUUAAACUAUCAGCAUUUUUAUUAGAGCAAAUGUGCUUUUUAAAACACCAAAAAUGGGCCGAAUGCUUAGUAUCUAUGUGAAGAAAAAAUCAAAACCACUCUACCAUUUAUUCAAACUCAGGGUAAUAUUCGUAAUUCUUGGCAGCACUGCAGAGUAAAGUAUUUUGAAAUUGUAGAUAAUAUUUUUUUGAAUGGUCCAUGGAAUAAUUCAAUUUUUUAGCUUCAUGAAAUAACGAAUCGGAUCUGCAGUUAAAGUGCAGAAGAUGAGAAAAAUCAGCACAUACCCGCAGCUAAUUAAUCACCUGUUCAUCCAUUGUGACGUCAGUGCGCAGAUCAUAAUGCGCACAAACAUAACUGUGGAACGUCCUUAAGUGCGACAUCUUUGUGAAAUACCCCCAGGAACUAUAGCGCGAUUAUAAAGAUGCAUCUCAUGAUUUUUUUUAGUGUACACCCGGGUCCUGUCAGACAAAGUGUUGCAUUUAACUUCGAAUUGCAAUUGAUUUUAAAUCCUUAUCUCUUAAGUACACAAUCUCAGAUAGAUCAUUACCCGAGUUUGAUUUGAAUCUAUUGUAAGCCUUCUUUAGACAGGCCCUUAGUCUGUAUAGUCGCCUUCAUCUUUGCAAUAAACAAUGAAGAAGAGACUUUUCAUUGUGUUGAACAGGAUAACCUGAAAUUCAAUUAAAAAAUCAAUACACGUCAGCCAGGGGGCAGCAUGUAUCCAGGAAGUGUACCGUAUUGUUGUGUUGAAUAAGUACUUUAAAUAAAAAGGAAUUCUCUGUUCAUUGCUGAGGCUAGAUUCAAAAUCACUCCUUAUUAUAUUACUGUUUGUUUUUUUAAAUUCAAGAUCUUAAAUAAAUAUGUAACGCUUCUAACACAUUAAUGUUAUCUUUCUCGUCAGAGAUGUAACUAUUAUGAGAUGUGUAAAAAAAAUGUAGAAAUCGGCAAGGGGCCUUGAGUCAUGAUGCAUUUUGUAAUAAAAAACACUUGCUUUAAUUUGUGAGUUCACAAACAAAUGGCAGAUGCUAAUUUUUUCUUUCAUACUAGUAAUCAUGCAAAAAGUAAUUGCAGGAGUGUUACCCCUUUCUAGUUACAUUUUAAUUUAUGUAAGGGUUAGGUCAUAGUCCGUGUUUGACUUUAGUAAACAUGAAUUUUCAUGGUUGAAAAGUUUAUUAUUAUAUUAUACUACCAAUGAUAGUGUGUGGAGUAUUGAAGCAAUUGCAAAGCCAGGGAGGGGGGGGGGGGGCAUUUUGACAUAAUACAUGGACUUGAAUUUUAAAGGACAAGACCACUUUAACAAAAAGUUGAUUUGAAUAAAAAGAGAAAAAUCCAACAAGCAUACAACUAAAAAUUUCAUCAAAAUCGGAUGUAAAAUAAGAAAGUUAUGACAUUUUUAAUUCUCACUUAAUUUCACAAAAUAGUUAAAUGCACAUCCCGGUCGGUAUGCAAAUGAGGGGAUUAAUGAAGUCACCCACUUGCUUUUUAUUUUGUAUUUUAUUAUAGGAAAAAUUCUAAUUUUCACAUUGUCUUGUGAACAAAGUUUUAUUCCUCCCUGAAGAUGUGGAAUUACCAUUGUUUUAAAAUUUUAUGGUUCAGUCAAUUGUGCAUGUUUUGUGAAAAAUAAGCGUAACUUAAAAAUGUCAUAACUUAUCUUACAUCCGAUUCCGAUUACAUUUUCAGCGUUUAUUAUGCUAGUUUAAAUUUUUUUAUUUAUUCAUAUCUACAUUUUUUCUGGGCAUUUACUGUGUGUAUUCAUCAAACGUUAAAUUAUGAUUUUGACAAAGAAGCAACAAAUGAUGAAAAAAAUUCAUCCAAUGGUCACUACACUCUUGAAUAGAUUGUAUCAGAUUUAAUAUAAUUCACAUUGGACCUUUACAAAUGUUUAGAUAGGCUUAAGUUGAAUUUUAUGUGUAUCAAACUCAUUAUUACACUUUUUUCCUUUGAUUUUUUUUAAAAGAAAACUAUUUGGUUUGAUAUGAA